CCCGCACGCACGUUGCGCCGUGACGUCACGCGGCGCGGGCGCCAUCCCGGAAGCGCCGGCCAGGCCGCCAGAUGUGCAGCGGAGGAGGAGGAAGAGAUGGACCCUCCGGACUCGGCCUCGAGGGUCUUCUGUGGCCGCAUCCUCAGCAUGGUGAAUGCCGAUGACGUCAAUGCCAUCAUCCUGGCCCAGAAGAACAUGCUGGACCGGUUUGAGAAGACCAACGAGAUGCUGUUGAACUUCAACAACUUGUCCAGCGCCCGCCUGCAGCAGAUGAGCGAGCGCUUCCUGCACCACACGCGGACCCUGGUGGAGAUGAAGAGGGACCUGGACAGCAUCUUCCGCAGGAUCAGAACACUGAAAGGGAAACUGGCCCGCCAGCACCCGGAGGCCUUCAGCCACAUCCCCGAGGCGUCCCUCCUGGAAGACGAGGAUGAGGACCUGAUCCCACCUAGCACCACCACCACCAUCGCCACCUCGGAGCAGAGCACCGGAUCCUGCGACACCAGUCCCGACACCGUCUCGCCCUCGCUCAGCCCCGGCUUCGAGGACCUGUCCCACGUCCGGCCGGGCUCGCCCGCCGUCAAUGGACGCAGCCAGACAGAUGACGAGGAAGACAUGCCGGGCCAGUAGCCCUGCUUCCUGGCAUCCCCGGGGGGCCCUGGGCAGCAGCGGCCGGUCCCAGAUGUCACAGGUGGUGGUGGGUAACCCCGUCUUAGGUCAUCAGCUUGCCACCCUGUUCUCUCAUCCCCUCCCAAGGGACAUAGAGUUCCUGGGAGGGGGUGUAGGCUUGAAUUCCUGCUUCUUCUGCUCUUAGAAGCACCUCUAUCUCGCAGACCCCUUUGCCAUGCCGGGGCCCGCCCCCCCAUUCCAGCUGGGGUUCUGGAGCGGGCUCAAAGGACCGUCUCCAGGCCUUAAUGGGUUCCCAGACACCAGAGCCAGACCGCACCCCCCGUGUCCCAAGGUCAGGGUCUCCUUUUAGUGAAACAUCACCAUAAUCACCUCUGAGCUCACCCCGUCCUGGCCCUGCACCCACUGGUCUCACUCGCCCGGCCCCCUUCCUCCCACAAAAGAAUCGCGGACUUUCUCUGACGUGUCUCUCCAGGCUUCGAAAAGCAGGGAGAACUUCAUUUUGGCCGGGACCGCCUUCUUCCAGUAAUUCACCAAAAUGGGGAACACAAAGGGAAGAGGAGAGGCCCCCGAUCUAUGUUCGCUAGACCUUCUAGAAACCAUGGAGUGGUUCCUCUGGCAACAUACAUGCGAAUCUACAAGAAGGGUGAUAUCGUAGACAUUAAGGGAAUGGGUGCUGUUCACAAAGGAAUGCCCCACACGUGUGACCAUGGCGACCGGACCAGCAGUUGGCGUCAUGGCUAUGUCGCUGGACUCCCACGUAGCCGACCACGGUUCGCGUCCCAGACCCGGUGGCUUAAACUCACACCAGGCGCGUGUGCGUGCGUGCCCAAG